GAACCCAUAAAGAUUUGAACCGAACCCAAACCAAAAUUUAGAAAUACCCGAAUGGAGCUGAAAUCUUUGACCCCGAAAAUCCAAAACCCGAAUAGAUCCGAAUCGGUUUCCGAUCGCCUACCCUAUUCUGUACUGUAGCCGUUACCUUAUUAUAUAAUUUAAUCCAACAAAUGGUAUACGUCAUUCUAUAAGAAGCAGAGAUAUACACUAAUGAUGGUAAACUGACACUCACGCAAGAAAUACAAUUCAUAUCCCAAAUCAUGACAAUGAAGCAUUGAACCAAUCAACCAAUCAACCAAUCAACCAACCAACUAGAUCUCUACGAAAAACCUACUACACCACAUUUUUUCCGGUAUUUAUUCGGAUGUAAUAACUAAAUAAUACAAAUAUACGUAACUGGUUUAGUUAGGGUAAAUAAAAUUUAUCUCUUUAAUUAUAAACUCACUUUAUCUCAAUAAAUUUCAAAUUUCUAAUCCAAAUAAAUUGAUUCGCAUCAGCGACACAAAUAUACACAAAAAGUUAUCUUACACCGAAAUAAACGUGAAUAAAUCAUAGAUAAAUUCAUAAAAACGCUUUGUUUUUAGGAAAAGACCAGACAAAACUUUGCAAAAAACUAUUGAAAGGUUUAUUUAAAGUAUUUUUAAUAACCUUCAUUUCUUUAAAAAAAGAAACUUUGUUUUGCAUGCAAUAUGUAAACGCAACACACAUAAAACAGUGUUAAACUAAAAAAAAACAAUGGAGACCUGAGACAAGGCAAAACACAUUACUAACCACAUUCUGUGAUUAAGCUCCACAAAGGUUUGAAAUAUUGUUUACAUUUUGGAAAUGUUACACAAUUACAAACAAUAGAACGCGUGCACACUGUUCGGAGUGGAGAGCAAGUUUAAUAAAGACUCUGCUACACGUAGAUACUCCUUUGUCUUUUAUCUACCUCCUCCUCCCCCAAAACGUUCGUCUGCUUUCUCCUUCUCUCUCUCCAUUGCCACCCCAUACUAACUUCUAUUAUGGGAAACCAAAAUUUAAAAAGCUUCAACCUUUAACAUUUGAAAAACUCUAAUCUUUUAGUCCUUGUUACUUGAAAUCUAUCUACUUUCUACUCAAAGCUUGCAUCUUGAGGUCUUUCACAACACACAAUGGUGGGUACUGAUCAGUCUCUACCAUUCUCAACGGCGAGGAACUUGCCUUGGAUUUUGAGGUCGGAGAGCAAGAGGAUUAGCCAGUCAGAACUCGCCAAGCGUCCUGACCCGUUCUUUCUACCGGAUCUACUUGAUGGGUUUGAAGAGAGCAAAUACGGUUGGCUUGCUGAUGAUGUGAAGAGGCUUUGUGAGCUCAAAAGGAAACUCUUGAACGGUUCUGUCUCAGUGGAAGAGACAGAAACUAGACAGAAGAAGGAAAAACCAGAUGAUGUGUUGUCUCAAGAAUCAGUAACUAUUGGAGGUUGCUCAGGAUCUGAAAGUUAUAACGAGGAGGAUUCAUCCAAGACUCCUACAGAUGAUGACAAUGGAACUCAUCUGUAUGGAGUAGGAGAAGAAGAAGAAGAAGCAGAACUUUGGAGGCAGAUGGCAUUUGCUCAAGAAUCAUCUAAAGUAACGGUAGAGAAUGUACAAGACAACGAUCCCAAACAAAUCGAAGACUGCGAGCACUCCUUCAUCUACAAGGAUGACGUUGGAGAAGUCUGCCGUGUUUGUGGACUCAUCAAAACACCAAUCGAAAGCAUCAUCGAAGUUGUCUACUACAAGCCCAAGAGAUCAAGAAGAACUUACACACGCGAACAAGAAGAAGACACAGAAACAACGAGGAUGGACUUCACAGAAACCCACCACUCUUCUUCUCAUCCCAACAACAUCUUAGGAGACAAGAUGUUCAUCCACCCAAGGCACGACAACGAGAUGAGACCCCACCAAAUCGAAGGCUUCAAGUUCCUAUGCAACAACCUCGCAUCAAACGAGCCAGGCGGAUGCAUCCUAGCACACGCGCCGGGCUCAGGCAAAACAUUCCUCCUCAUCAGCUUCCUCCAAAGCUUCAUGGCCAUGGAUCCGCAAGCCAAACCGCUCAUAGUCCUCCCAAAGGGUAUCAUAGAGUCUUGGAAGAGAGAGUUCACUAAAUGGGCGGUGGAGGACAUCCCUCUCUAUGAUCUCUACAGCGUCAAAGCCGAAUCAAGAAGACAACAACUAAAGGUGUUGAGAGAAUGGGUUGAAGAGAGAAGCAUACUCUUUCUCGGUUACCAACAGUUCGCAAAGAUCAUAUGCGAUGAUAGCAUUAACAUAGAUGAUGAAGUGUCAGAAGAUUGUAAACGUAUUCUCCUCGAGAAGCCGACGCUGCUUAUCCUCGACGAAGGACACACGUCGAGGAAUAAGGAGACGAACUUGCUUAUCUCCCUUGCACGCGUCAAGACUCGUAGGAAAGUGGUUCUCACGGGGACAUUGUUUCAGAACAACGUUGAGGAAGUGUUUAACAUUUUAAACCUAGUCCGUCCCAAGUUCUUGAAGCGUCACCGAGAGAUUGUUUCUCGCAUCAUGAGCAAGGCGGAGAUACCUAGCGGCAAACAUAUGAACCAGAGUAGUAUUGAAAACACUUUCUUCGCUGCGGUGGAGCUUACACUGAGUAGAGAGAGUUCAGCUAAAGCGAGUAUGAUUAAGGAUCUGCGCGAGAUGACACGUCACGUCUUGCAUUAUCACAAAGCGGACUUCAAGGGAUUGCUUCCAGGGCUUAGUGAGUUCACUGUGAUGCUCAACUUGAGCCCGCUUCAGAGAGAUGAAAUCAAAGGCCUUAGGGAGAUGGAUUUGUUCAAGCAGAUCUCUCUCGGUGCUGCUUUGUACAUACACCCGAAGCUUAAAGCCUUCUUGGAGGCAAACCCUUCGAACGGAGAAAAAGGUUUCGCUGAUAACUUGCUGAAGAAGCUAGAUACCUUGCUGAAGAAGAUUAACGUUAAAGACGGCGCCAAGAUGAAGUUCUUCCUCAACCUUGUGUCUCUCUGCGAGUCAACGGGUGAGAAGCUGUUGGUGUUCAGCCAUUACAUCAUCCCUCUCAAGACUCUCGAGAGGCUCAUGACCCUGACGAAAAGAUGGAGGGUGGGGAAAGAGAUGUUCACCAUCACAGGCGACUCGAGCAGCGGGGAGAGAGAGAUGUCCAUGGAGAGGUUCAACACCUCUCCGGACGCUAGAGUGUUUUUCGGAUCGAUCAAAGCAUGUGGAGAAGGGAUCUCAUUGGUGGGUGCGUCUAGGGUGCUGAUUCUCGACGUUCAUCUAAACCCUUCGGUGACUCAGCAGGCUGUGGCUAGAGCUUAUAGGCCGGGGCAGAAGAGGAGAGUGUAUGCGUACAGGCUUGUGGCUGCGGAUUCGCCGGAGGAGGAGAGCUAUGAGACGUGUUCGAGGAAGGAGAUGAUGUCUAAGAUGUGGUUUGAGUGGAACGUUGGGUGUGGAGGAGGGAGAGAUGAGUUUGGGUUUAGGGGCGUGGAUGUUGAUCAGUCUGGUGAUGUGUUUCUUGAGACGACUAAGAUGAAAGAAGAUAUCAAGAGUUUAUAUACUAGGUGAAGUAAUCAGUUUGAUAACCGAGUCUAACCGGUUUUAACCGGUUUCUGAUUUUUGGGUAAAAUCAGAGUAGAAUUUUAUUUUAAUCUGAAUUCUCUUUUGGGUUUGUGAGCUGAACGUUGUUAUUUUAGUUUCAAAGUUUUAAUUUGACUAAA